UGCAUUGAUGAUACAGAGAUGGGGGACUUCAAAACUCAGGCAGAAACCAAGCCCUGUAGAACAUCGGAAGUCAGUAGGGAUCAAGACCUUCUACAGGAAGUGUUUAAUAAAAAAAGGAAUCUAUUUCACAGACUUCAUCUUGAACACCAUCACAACACCAUAAGAGCUGCAGAUGUUCAUCAAUUAAGAUCUGCACAUUUAUUACAGUCCCGUGAGUUUUGUGCUGAAGUGGAGCUGAUUCAGACUUUCAUACAAAAACUACUGAUGAUGGAUUACAGAGCAAGAUACAUUAAAACUAAUGAGACCAAUAAAGGUCACAAUGAACAAGGCAGCUGUGGCUCAUUAACACCAGAGGCUUGGUCUGAAUUUUUUUUCAGUUCAGGGUCAGGGUCUAAAACAUGUCAGUUGGAGCGAAUCCACCCGAUGGAUGUUCAUAUGGCUGUGUUUUAUUGUGCUGAUGGUUUUCUGAAGCAGCUGAUGGUCACUAAACUGUCCCAGUGUCAGUACGCUCUGCCUCUGCUUGUUCCUGAUCCAUUCACACAACAGAUUGAGUUUCCUCUCUGGACAUUCAGACAAAUCAACAAGAGCUGGAAGAUGAAAAACACCAACAAUGAGUUCAUCAGUCAAACCCAGCCGAUCUACAAGGCACAAACUCCAAUGGUGUUUUUCUUCAGGUUUGGCUCUGUGUCUUCAUCCAAGUCUCAGCUGAUGAACAGUCUGAUCAAUGAGAAACACAACAUGUUCUUCCACAGGAACUGCCCAGGCAGCAGCAGAACCAGAGUCCUGAUGGAUGGAGUGGUGGAGAUCGCCUGGUUCUGCCCCUCUGGGAAAAACACGGAUACAUUCACUGACUGUGUUGCGUUCUGUAAUCUACACGGUGAUGCAGGAGACCAUGAGAAACAGCUGCAGAUCCUUACUGAAAUGGCUUCAGUCAAUGUUGUUCUUCUGCCACAUCUUCAGAGAAAUGACAAAAACAUGACAAAUCUUCAACAACCCUUCAAGGACUCAAAACCACUCAUUUGUCUUUUUACUGAGGACGAUUUUGCUGUGAAAAAAUAUAAGAUAAAUAAUAAAAAAUAUGGGAUUGGGCUAAAAGACAGAAAUCAGUCAGAUGUAUCUGAAGAACUCAGAAGAGCUAUAAGUGAUUGUCUAUCAGAAUCAUCUUCCACUUUCAGACUUGAAGAUUUGUCUAAACUCUCAGACAUCAGAGUAGAUGAGGAAGAUGAUGAUGACUGCAGGAGAGGAAGAGAAGCAGCACAGCAGAUGAUGAGUUUACUGGAGAAGAAAGAUCUGACAGAAAUCAAAGAAUCAGUUCUGCCUCAUCAGGGGAAACUGUGGCAUCAGUGGAGUCAGAAGAACAAAGAACUACAUCGACCUCAAGGAGAUGAGACAGAAAUGGACAUCAGUAGAAAACAAACAGAAAUGAAUAAAACCCGUGAACAGCAGCAUGAAUCUGACAUCAGUGACUUUAUGAAGAGCUUUAUCAAAGAAAUGAACUCAGCUGCAGUAAACAAGAUGUUUUUCAUUAAAUGGCUCAGAAUCCUCCUGGAUGAAUAUAUUUCAGAUGACCUUUCUGAUCUUCAUCAUAAAUAUGCCGAAAAGUGGUCAAAGGUCUUAAAAUUGAAAAAGAAUCAUGAUAAAUCUGAACAUCUCAAAGCUGAACAAGCAGAACUUGAGAGAAUAUCUGAGGAACUUCAAGCUGCAACCUUUGGUUUGGAGCACAUCAUGAGGGAGAUCGGUCAGAUCUAUGAAUCAUGUUCAUCAGUGAAGAAGAACAAAAAAGACCUGCAGUUUGACUUCUCUUCUCUCCCGAGUCUUGCAGCAGAGAUGAUGAUCUCUGGAUUUCCACUGGAGCUGAUGGAUGGAGAUGCUGCUCAUGUUCCUGUGAUCUGGAUCUCUGCUGUUCUAGAUGAACUCAUCCAGAAACUGGGAGACCAGAGAGUCUUUGUGCUGUCAGUUUUAGGGAUUCAGAGCUCUGGGAAAUCCACCAUGCUGAAUGCCAUGUUUGGACUCCAGUUUGCCAUCAGUGCUGGCAGGUGCACCAGAGGAGCUUUCAUGCAGCUGGUCAAAGUGUCAAAUGAGAUAAAAACACAGGUGAACUUUGACUAUAUUCUGGUUGUUGAUACUGAGGGUCUUCGUGCUCUAGAAUUGGCUGGAGAAUCAACAAGAGAUCAUGACAAUGAAUUGGCUACAUUUGUUGUUGGUCUUGCAAAUCUGACAUUGAUCAACAUCUUUGGAGAAAACCCAUCUGAGAUGCAGGACAUUCUUCAGAUUGUUGUUCAGGCCUUCCUGAGGAUGAAGAAGGUCAGACUGAAUCCCAGCUGUGUGUUUGUGCACCAGAACGUCUCAGACAUCACGGCUGCAGAGAAAACCAUGGAGGGAAGGAGACGACUGCAGGAGACACUGGAUAAGAUGACAAAACUAGCUGCUGAAGAGGAGGACUGUAAAGCAGAAUGUUUCAGUGACGUCAUAAGAUUUGAUGUUCAGAAUGAUGUGAAGUAUUUUGCUCAGCUCUGGGAGGGCAACCCACCGAUGGCACCACCAAACCCAAACUACUGUGAGAAUAUUCAAGAACUAAAGGAAACUAUUAUGUCUCAUGCCUCAAAAUUACAUGGAAUAAUGCUGAUAGACUUUAAAGAACAUAUUAAAGAUCUUUGGGAGGCAUUAUUGAAUGAAAGAUUUGUCUUCAGCUUCAGAAAUUCAUUGGAGAUUUCAGCUUACAGGAAACUGGAGACUGAAUACAGCAAGUGGUCCUGGAGUCUUCACAGUGCUAUGAUGGAAAUAGAGAACACACUACACAACAAAAUAGAAAAUGAAGCAAUUCAUGAGGUUGAGGAAACUGAUCUUCAAAGUGAACUGAAGAAGACAAGUGAAGAAGUGGAAAGAUCAAUAUCAGAAUUCUUUGUCAAAGACAAAAAUAAAGAUAUACUGAUUCAGUGGAAAACAUCAUUUGAAAUCAAAAUCAAAGAGGUUCAGGAAAAAAUUGUAAAAGAAACAAAAAUGAAAUUAAAUGGGAUUCUUCAGCAGCAAAAACAGAAGAAAAGCAUUGAUGCUCUGAGGACAAAUCAUGAAAACACUCUAUAUGAAAAUAGCAAAGAAAUUACCUUAAAACUCAAAGACAAAGGAAAUGAUGAAGAAAUACUGAAUAAAGGGUUUGAUCUGUUUUGGGAACAGAGUGUGAAGAAGAUCAUCACAGAAACUCCUGCCAUUAAAGAUAUUGACAUAAUGAGAGAUGUGCAAGAGAUCCUCAGUGAUGUCUAUGAGGGGCGCUUCUCUGUGGAUCACAUUAAAGAGGAGAGUAAGUACAUCAAUAUUUUCACUGUGUGGAAUUAUUCUGAGUAUGUUAUUUUAAAGAGUGCUUACAGAACAGUUAAAGAAACAUUUGGACAUAUUCAAACUGAAGCUCAAAUAAGAUCAUUAGUCACAGAUGUUGCUCUGCAGACAGACAAAAUGAUUCAGUCAUUUAACAUUUCAACAAUGGGCUACAACAAAAGCUACAUUCAACUACUUACAGAUUACAUCAAGAGAAGAGUAACAGAACAUGAGGAACAAUCAGAGAAAUAUAAGUUCAAAGAUGAAUUCUUAAUGGAUUUGGUUUAUUCCAUCUGUAUGAGAGCAAACAAGAUAAUCACUGAACAACACAGACUUUUCAGAGAUGCCAAUGAUCCUGUAAUAUAUGUUGAGAAGAAGAAAGAAGAAUACUAUAGUGUUGUCCAGAAACAUUGUAAUGGAGCAACAUCAGCUGCAAUUUUUGGUGAGAUCAUCUGUCAGAAAUUGAAAGAGCCCAUUGAGCAGAGUGUCUACAAGAAGACUGCCAGAGAUCUGACAUAUGAAAUUAUGAAAAAAUGUGAAUCACUGAAUGGAAACAGAUCAAAUCUAGAGAAACAUAUCCUGAAGACACUGGCAAAAGAGGAAGAUUUUGUCAAAUACAUGGAUUAUAUCAAUUAUCCCAGUCAUCACUUCAAGAGUUUCAUCAGAGAUGAAGUCAGUCGGUACAUCACUGAUAAGUUCAGUGUCAGUGUUUUACCCAAGAUGAAGAAGAACAUUGAACUCCUGCAGCAGAAGAUCAUGAAAGCAGCACAUGAAUCUACUGAACAUGUUCAAGUGAACAGAGGAGAUGUUGGUUUGUGGUUGAGGAGUUUCACACAGCAGCUCUCAGAUGUGCUGAUCUUCUCUGAAAAAGACCUCAGUGGAGUGAAACAUGAUGAUGUUGAUGAUUUCAACCUCCUAGAAGAUGUGAUAAGAAAAGAACUCCCUACAAUAAUUUAUGAAAUCAGCAGUAGAUUCAACACUGAGACAUUUCCAGUAAAGUUGGACUGUAGGUUCAGACCAGAUCAUCUAUUGAUUGAUCACUUCUGUCAGUGCUGUUGGGUUCAGUGUCCAUUCUGUGGAGCCACCUGCACUUACACCACAAAAAAUCAUUAUGGAGAGCACAGUGCUCCUUUCCAUCGUAGUAUUGGUCUGAAUGGAAUAUAUUACAAUAAUACAUCUAACUUGUCUACUCAUAUCUGCACAUCAGCAGUAGCAAACAGCACUCUAUAUUUUCAUCCCAAUGAUUCAGAUGAUAAAGUCCUUUGGAAAGAUUACAGAGGAGCAGGAGGAGUUUAUGCAGACUGGAGCAUCACUCCUGAUCUCUCUGAUCUGCCCUACUGGAAGUGGUUUGUUUGCAGAUUCCAGAAAGAUCUGGAAAAACACCACAAUAAAACAUUUGAGGGAGAGGGGGAGAUUCCAGAAGAAUGGAGAAAAUACUCAAAACAGGAAGUUAUUGAGAGUUUGGAUAAAUACCUGUAAUUGAACAAGUAAAUUAAGUUCCUUUUGGUUUUCGACUCACAGAACGCUGUGAAAUGAUUAUCUGUACGUUUCUUCAGUGAGUCUGAAUUAUAAACCUCAGUUCACAGAAUACAUCAGAGAUGAGUUAAAGUCUGUUAAAAGUAUGGUAGAGGUAAAGUGAUUAUCUGAAAAACUCGAAGUAAUGCGCAUACGUCCAUCUCGCGAUUGUACAGUCUUCUUCUACUUGCGGCAUUUUUCAUUCGUUAAAGUCCACUUUCUAACAAAAAUUUCCUGAUAAUUUACUCAACCCCAUGUCAUCCAAGAGGUCCGUGUCCUUAUAGUGGACUUCAAUUGGCCCCAAACGGUUGAAGGUCAAAAUUACAGUUUCAGUGCAGCUUCAAGGGGCUUUAUCUAGCGAAAUUCUUCAGUCGUAUUAUCCAAAAAUGUCCCUAUUCAACUUACGGAACGAACGCGGUGCCAGUUCUGCUUUUUUCCAUAAGUUUAAUAGGGAAGGUGUAGGACAUUCAGCGUAAGCUUUUUGAAGAACACGGGAUCGUGGUCUGGUGGAAGCAAUUGUGAUGCGAUCAUUUGUGUCUAUAUAAAGCAUAUACAUUUUCAGUUUUUUAAGAAAAUGAACGAUGGUUUCUCUAGAUAAAACCCUUAUUCCUCGCCUGGAAUCGCUUAAAGCCCUUUGAAGCUGCACUGAAACUGUAAUUUUGACCUUCAACUGUUUGUGGCCAAUUGAAGUCCACUAUAAGGAGAAAAAUCCUGGAAUGUUUUCAUCAAAAACCUUAAUUUCCUUUCGAUUGAAGAAAAAAAAACAUGGACAUCUUGGAUGACAUGGGGGUGAGUAAAUUAUCAGGAAAUUUGUAUCAGAAAGUGGACUAAUCCUUUAAUGUCUGGCGAUCUUGCUGUUUUUUGUUUUUGUUUUUGUUUUGUUUUUUGUUUGUUUUUUGUUUUUUAAAUAAUAUAUUUUGGGCUAAAGGUGUGUUGUGUCUUUAGUUUCAGUAAAAUAUUACAAAAACUAAUAUGUUGACAUUUUUAUUUUAGAUAGUUUUGGAGUGAUUUAAUUUUUUUUACUAAUUACUUAAGUUUAAAGUUACUUUUAAACUAAAAUAUCUCAAAUAUGAUACCCAAUAGUAAGUUCUAUCCAGUAAACUCCUCCAAAUGUGUAUCUUUGUGUCUACCCAUCUAACUUUCUAUGGGGUUUAAAUGAGUGUAAAUUUUAGACCUGCAUGUAUACAUGUCUUUGUGAUUAUGUACAAGACAGAAACAAAAAUAAACAAUACAUUCAUGUAUAUUUA